AUGAAGAAUUCUGUUCGCGUUAAGCCUAAACGACGAUCUACAACAUCUGAACUCACUAGACGUUUUUAUCAAAGAUAUAUGACAAGGUGGCAUUUCACCGAUUACAUGUUAGAUGCUUUAAUACAGACCUUUUUUGGAAGGGCGGUGAGAAUAGAUAGAGCUAGCUGUUGAAUGCUGUUUUUCGACACAAAAUAGAAAUUCUGUGGUACUGAAGACGACAGCCUCGAUUCAAUAUUCCAAACAGAGGCGAGUGCAGAAAGACGACAUUUUUGUGGAUUUCGGUGCCUCAAAACUUUAAAGAUAUAAAGAUACAUAUCCUUAAAGCAUGGCUUGUCGGAGGUUGGAUAGGAAGUUGGGGAAAGAACUGAUACAGUCAGUAAAUUCAGUGCUGUUUGAUUGCGAUGGUGUAAUAUGGCAUCCUACUGGCCAGAUAGAAGGAGCUGCAAGCCUUGUUGCCUCUCUAAGAAAUUUAGGCAAGAGAGUUGUUUUUGUUACCAACAAUAACACAAAAUCAAUUAGGCAACUGGCAGAAAAAUUUGAAAAGUUUGGAAUUGAAGCCAACCAGAAUGAAAUCUUUGGUACUGCAAGAGUGGCAGCUGUAUAUUUGAAGCAUGUCUUGAAGCUGGAGAAAAAAGUCUUCAUUGUAGGCGGGGAAGGUAUUGCAGAAGAGGUCAGGAACGUGGGCUUGGAACAUUUGCCUAUCGGUGCAUGUCCACUACCUGGUGAUCCAUCACUGGAAGUGACGCAAAGAGUCGAUUUAUCAACAAACAGUGAGGUUGGUGCCGUUGUUGUUGGCUUUGAUGAACACAUCAGCUUUCAGAAAAUCGCCUCUGCAAUGACGUAUCUCGAAGAUCCCAAUGUUCAUUUCAUUGCUACAAACACUGAUAAUCAAUUUCCAAUGGGAGAUGGGACAUUCAUGCCCGGGAGUGGAGUCAUGGUUGCUGCUGUGCAAAGAGCGUCAAAGAGAGACCCAAUAAUAAUGGGCAAGCCAGAGAAACCGAUGAUAGAUUCGAUCGAAGCAAUUCAUAACAUUGAACCUUCAAAAACUCUUAUGAUUGGUGACAGAUUAGAAACGGACAUUGCUUUUGGCAAAAGAUCUGGGAUGAAGACUCUCGCUGUCUUAAGUGGUGUUGUGAGUUUAAAUGAACUUGAAAAGCUGAAAUUAGAAAAUGAUACUAGUGACUUAAUACCCGACUUUUUUGCGGACAGUGUUAAGGAUCUUUUAGAUAGUAUUUUAGAGAACUGAAUUGGCAAGUGAAUUUCAAAUUUAUCAGAAAAUUUUAAAAAUCAAUUUUUCGAUUUUAAUUUUGAAAGAAAGCUUGAUUAAGCUAAUUAUGAUGAAAAUCAUUGAAUUUUGAAUAUAAAUCUUUUAUUUUUGUUAGAAAAAUGCAAAUUGGAGUUUUAAGCUAGUUAGAUUUUCAACGAAUCGGGGUUUUUUGAUUAAGCUAAAUCUAAACUAAAAUAAAAAGAUAUCAAAACAUUUCGCAAAUUUUUACAGAUUAAAAACCAUUCAUAUGGAAAUUCUAUCUUAUUUACUUCUAAAUUUGAAGGAGCAAAGCAUGUAUUUUAUGAAUACAGGAAUUUGAUAAUCUGUUGGCAGCGUAUUCACUCAGUAAUCGACAUCUAACUUUAGGAGAUGAAUAGUCAGAUAGAAGUGGAUAAAGUUCGGUUUGUGACGGAAACACAUCAAGAUAAAGCUGUUGUGAGCAUUUGAAAUUUGGGUUGUUUUUCAGCUUGCUUGGUUCUGUAUCUCAUUAAGCUGCAUUGCUAUGAAAGUAGUGAAACAAAAUUUUUCCGGAAUUAUACCAAUUUUAUACUUCUAAUCUAAAACUUUUUAAUUUAAAGUUUAUAAAAUGUCUAGUUUCUAUUUCAAAAUUCAGUUCAGUUUACUUGCGGUGUAAUUUUUAUCUUAAGCAAAAUCAAUACUAGGACAAAUAAUUUCUUCUUCUUUUGAGGAAUCGACAAUUGAGGAAAAAUAUAGUCCAUUUACUUCUUAAAUUAAUUUUCAUCAACUUCAGUAAGCGUUGUACGUAAAAAUUUAAGUAUGCAUAAAUUGUUGUGAAGAGAAUUAACAAUUCGUGUCGAAAAUCCAUUAUAAUACGAAAAUUAGUCAACAGGGUGCAUUAAACAUUAACGACGUCUUACAGCGUCUACACUAUGUGACAUAAUUUAUUUUUCAAAGUAUGUAAGUUUUAAGUGAAAAUUGGUAAUUAAAACUAAAAGAUCAUAUAUUUAUUCUAAGGUGUCAAAUGCAAUUUUGAGACAGUGUGACAAAUUAUCUAUGUUACAGUAACUGAUUAUUCUAAUGUUAACGUUUUAAGUCACUAACCUUGAACAUCGAACAAUUUUGAAACCUCACACUCGUUGUAUUCACAACAGCCAAACAAGUAAUUAUUUUUAUGGCCAAAACGAGAAUUUGAAAAAUGCCAGAAGAUAGAGUUAACUACCUCUGCCAUUGUAUUCUUGAUGGGAGUUCAAUUCAAGGAAUUCCAAGACCGAAGAUGUAGAGUAUUUAGAAAAGUUCUGGGAUUGGCUGGCCAUGUCCCCUUAGUUUCCGGUGGUUUUAUCAACCUUUAGGGCACAUUUUGUCGUUUUAUCAACUGUUCGUUAUCAACUUUAGGGCACAAAUGUAGGAACGUUUUAUCAACCGCUCAGUAGCUCAUGUAAAAAUGUAACUUUAUUUCGAAUUUCUGAUACGAGUCUCAGAUUUACAUGUUUUAACUGGAUUUUAGUUAUGUCAUGGACCUGAAGGUGAUGUUUAAGAGGUCUUUUGUUAUAGCGAUUGACAUUAGAAACAUGUGACUUUACGUAUAAAGGGUGUCAAUUAAGAUACUAAAUAGUUCUUAUCGUUAACUAUUCUAUGUUAAAGAGAAACAAUGCAAACAUUUAGUAAUUCAAACAAAUGUUUAUGUCAACUAUUAGCAACUAUUAACUGACUUUGAACACAAAUAUCUUUCUACUCUAAACUAUUAUAUUUAUCAACAAUGCUUUCUAUCUUGUCUAUAAUUUGUAUAAAAUUUUUCGAUAUGAUCAUUAAAAUUAUUCUUGUGGAUAGAAUAAGUACAAUCCCUAUUUCAGUUAAUUUCAAAUGACAAUUCUGCUAGAACUUUUGUCUGUCAGUCCUUAGAACUUUCAUUACUAUUUUAAGUCUCCAAACAUGCACAUCUUAGGUUGUUUGAGCUCGUUUCUUCGUUCCAUUGUCUAUUUCUCACCUGCAUGAAGCUUUUCCUUCGUAAAUUUGUGACGCUUAACAUUUCGUUUUGCAGGCUAAGGGAACCUUCGCAUGUACCUUAACUCCAUGCUGCUAUGCCCAAAUCUUUUAAAGACAAUCGUUUCUUUCUUCUCCCCCGUUCUACUUUAUCCCGUUUUCGCUUUAGGUUUUGCAAUGCUUUUUUGAUUUUACUCAUUACCAUUGAAAUCCUCUUUUGAUUUUUGGAUACGUUUUUUGUUGUCUUUUUGUAACCUUUUUUCUUUGACUUUUUGCCUCCUUUCUCUGGCCUUUGGUUUCUUUUUCGAAUGCUAUUUUUUCCACCGCUGUUGUCCUUUGUUCUUUUAUCUGCAAUAUCUGAACCGGGAUUGUCAAUCGUGACGUCACCAAACAAUUCUUUUUCUUCGGUGCUGUCUUGGAGGUCACUCCUGUCACCCUGCACUGUGGCCGUGUUGCUUUGAAGAACUUCAAGUUUAUCAUUGGCUUCUACACGGAGUGCAUUUUCCUCUUCCACAUCAUUUUCAUCAAUUUCAUUAUUGGGAAUCAGUUUCUCAUCGCUUUUUCCAUUUAAUGUAUCUUGCAAAAAUGUUGCUCCUGACUUGGCAAAACCACCAGUAGGAUUGCCAUCGCCUUGACUUGUUGCUGAAUUUUGGGACUUGUCUUGUUCCAACGGACUAUCCGUUGGCGUUUUGGCCGACCCACUACUAUCAUCAAAGUCUGAACCUUUCAUGUAGAAUUGUGUGGGCGAAUCUGUCGGCCCUGAGUUUGGCCGGGAGUCAUUUAUAGUUUCCUGCAGUUUCACAGUAUAAGAAUUUUGUGCUGCUUCAUUUUGGUCAUUUGCUACUGCAGUCUGUUCGUUUUCAUUUCCUUCAAUCUGUUUCUCAUCGCUUCCGCCCAUGCUUUCUAAAGAUUUAUUUUCAUUUGCCAUGUUGUUUUUACCUGCCAUUUUGUUUUCAGCUGCCAAUUUGUUUUCGCCUGCCAUUUUGGCAGUACCAGAUUGCCACUCCUCUGUAUCAACAGAAACAGUUUCCUUGUUUUUCUGUCCGUUUUGUGACUCGCUGUUAUCUUUUGCUCCAUCUGUUCCAGAGUUCUCUUCUUGUUCUUCUUCUACUCCUACCUUUUCGAACCCGCUGCUCUCAUCGUUGUUUUCAUUAUUAUUCGUCUUACUCUGCAGCGAAUUGUACUCGCUUACCUUGCUGUUACCUUCAGUUUCUUCACUAAUUUUUGGAAAAUGAUUUGUGGCAUUCUUCUCUAGGAAGCUAUUUACAUCUCCUGCACUUCCGCCUAGACCAUAAUAACUAUCAUUUUCAGAGUCUUUAGAAGUUUUUUCUUGUUUACCUUUUUCUUUCUCUUGUUUACUGUCAUUGUCUAUACCUUGAUUAAAGUUUUGACCUUUACCUUCUGCGCUUGUAUUUGCUUUUGCCACUCUAAUAUUCUUUGCUUCAAUAUAUGUGUUUUUUGUAUUCUUUUGCCCACUCGUACUGUUUAACUUGCUGACUUUGAUUUCCUCUUUUACGCUUGCCCCAGGGUUGCUUUCUGCAUCCCCUCCUGUUGCUUUUGCUGUUCCCAUAUCCCCACCUUCUUCCACGCUGUCCUCCUUUCCAUUAGUAUUUUCUCCGUUCUUUUUUCCUUUCGCUUUAGACUUGUCAAGUUCCUUAUCGUUUUUCUGUGCACUUUUGCUUGAAGUACUUCCAUCUGAUUUCUCCUUCUGCUUUAUCGAGCUUUCGCUGAUUUCAUUUUUUAAUUCUUUUACUUUUUUCUGCAUCUUUGAAUUUUUUUCUUCAUUUUUCUCACUCAAUUUCUUAUCUGCGGGUUUUUCCUUACUCUUUUCGUUUUCUUUCUUAAUUUGUAUUUUUGGUUUUUCGUCUUCACUUUUACUUUCUUUCGUAAUCUUUUUCGUUUUAUCACUUUUGCUCCCUUUACCUAGCUUUGUUUCUUCAUCCUUAGCGUUUCUUCCCCCACUGCCUUCUGUCGAUUCCAUAUCCGCACCAGCAGCAGAUACAAAUUCGUUUUCUUCCGGAUUUUCUUUUAUUGUUUUUCUAUUUCCAGGCAGCUUCAUCUUCUGGUUUGCAGAACUAGUGCUGUUAUUUAGGAUUUUGCUUUUAUCCGCCUCUUUUUUCUCCAGCUUGUUUUUUUCCUCUAUCUUUUCUUUACGCUUGUUUUCUUCAUUUAUCUUUUUUUCACUCUUAUUUUCCUUGUCAAUCUUUUCUGUGCUGUGGCUGUCUUCUUUGGUAUUUUCAUUUUUUCUGUCUUCAGAUUUCGUGUUAUUAGUGAGCUGUGGGUUAGUCACAUUUUUGGCUUCUUUUCCCAUACUCCCGUGCCAGUUGGUUUUGUUAUUAUUCUUCAUCAGUUCCUCAUUCACCUUUGUCUUAUUUUCAGUUUUUUGACCCUGUGCAACUUUGAUGUUUUCAUUACCUUUGUUUUCAAGGCCUUUAGCAUCUUUCACUUUUUUGUUUUCAGUCUUUUGAUCUUUGCCAAUUUGUUUCUCGUUUUCUUUUCCACUCGUUUCAGUUUUAUUCCCAACCGCUUUUCCAUUAAAACCAGCCUCGUUUCCUUUUUCAUUUAAAUCUGCUGUUGUGUUUUGAUUCACAUUGCUCGGUGUACUGUUUGUAAUGUUAUGCUCUUGUUCUUGGCUCGCUCCACUCGUAACAAUCUUCCCAGAACUCCCAGGCUUCUCUUUGCUCUGAUCCUUGCUUGGCAGUUUAUUAAAUUCAACUCUUGGUACAUUUGGAACUGUCGCGAACGCUGAGUCUAGUCCUUCACUUUCAGUUUCUGGUUCUCCUUUUUGCCUGUCUGUUCCAAAGAAUACGAGUCCGGCCCUUCGGCUGCCUUUAACAAAUUUUGAAAGUUUUGACUUUAUUGGCUGAACAACUUUGGUUGACAUCGUUGUACUUUUAGGCUCUAGGGGUUGUUUUGGAGUGCCAAUACUCACGAAAGAAUUUUUUUCGUCUUUUCCUGGACUUUUUUGAAAGUUUUGUCGCUUUGUUCCGUAAUCUGGGGCUAUCAUACCACCUGUGACAUGCGUUGCUGGAUGAUUAUCUACAAAUGGCGGCUUGUUGGGAAUAAUAGCUGGAAAUGAACUAGCAACGGGUCCAUUUGCUACAGAUGGUCCCUGUUCGUUCCCUACGUUAAGAUCAGGCCCUCCAACAACCCCUUCUCCAAAACCAUCUCCGUGUGGAUCCAAAUGAGUCAAAAAUGGCGGGUCGAUUAUUUCGUUUGCUUUCGCCUUCUUUAUUAGUUCUUCAUCUUUUGCAUCCAUAUGUACGUUAUUCUCAUCCGCAUGAUCCCCUGCAUGGAUUUCUGUUUUCUGUGUUGUUAUUGCAGGGCUUUCUUCGUGAUGCUCCCCAUCUGGAUGUAUAAAGAAUUCACCACCAUGCUCAUCAAAACCAUGAACGCCAUUGGUCCCGUGUUCCAUAUCUACACUAUGUGUUCCUAGUCCAGCUACGUCACUAACUCCAUGACCAGCAUCGUGUUCCGGAGCAACAAAUUCAUUUGAUACAGCAUGAGUGUCGAUUGCUCCGUGGCUUGCAUCACCUGCAGGGCUCUCCCCAAUACCAUGCCUUAAAUCAUGCCCAGCUUCAUGGCUCAUACCUACGUCAUGUAGAUCAGUCAUUGGGUUAUCCCCAUGAUACUCCGGCACUACGUUACUGUGAAUAUUCCCUUCACGUAUCUCAGGGACAAGGCCUCCAUCGUGGUAGUCUCUAUGAUCAUCAUGAUGCGUCUCUACGCGGUGAACUCCUUCAUGGUGUCCUCCAUCAAGAGAUUCCGCGUCACUUAUUCCAACUUCGUGUUGCGAAAGCUCUGCUUCAUGGCGGAUUUCUUGUAUUGACGGAUCAUUGUGCAGAUCGUGCACAUCAGGAGUGAAGUGGUGGUUUUCAUGAAAUCCACCGAAACCAUCGUGAAAAUCGUGCCCAUGAUCCAUUGCAUGAAAAUCUACAUGAAUUCCUGGAUCAUGGACUUCCUCGACAUGGUGGCUGAUAUCGUGAUCUUCGAUUUCAUGAUCGCUGUGAUCAUAAUCUAUUAUCCCAUGAUCAGAAACUCCUUCUAUGCCUUCAUGAGAAACCACUGCAUGAUGAUCGUCCAUCUCAUGCUCAACAGCCCUAUGAUCGGUAAAUCCAUGAUGGAGUAAUCCAUGAUCGAUUACUCCAUGAUCGAUUACUCCAUGAUCAGGUCCUUCAUGGUUAUCGAUGAAAUGGUGUGUGAUACCAUGCCCUAUAUCGUGUGUUAUAUCACUUUCAGCCACAUGCUCAACAGAAGAGUGUUCAUUACUGUGUUCUCCGCCAUCAUGGUAUUCCUCUGCUUGGACUGAGUAUCCAUGUCCGUUAUCUUCUAUGUGAAUUGCAUGCGGGGUUUCUGUAUGGUGACCUUCUCCGAUAGAAACAGAAUGCGUUCCUUCGUGAUCAAUAUGAUCCCAGUGAUCAAUCUCAUGAUCAUGACUGAUUUCUGAUACGUGAUCAUGGAGAUGCCCAUGUGAAUCUUCGGUCACAUGAAUGGCACCCUGUGAAGGCAUCACGUGCUCAGUUGUUUCUUCAACAUGCGCGUGCUCAACAUGAUCAUGAUCACCAGGUUCAAAAACAUUUCCGUCAUUAUGUCCUUCAAGAAGUCCCGCCUCCGCGCCAGCAUGGUCGCUUGUUGUUGUUACUUGAUGACCUUGCGAGAAUACGUUGAGAGGCAUGUUAUUGACUUCGUGCACUUCGUUUCCACUGGAAUCAGAUACGAAGUGAUGAAGCUCAUUGGCAACAACAGAAUGCUCGGGUGAAUCUACGUGUACAUGCAGGGCAUCCGAUUGCGUUAUUUCAUUAUGUAUGUUUCCAUCCAGAUCAACAUUUCCUUCUACGUUUCCGUGAUCUUCAAUAGCGUGUAAGGCAGGCUCAGAUUUAACGUCUCCCUGAGAAUGCUGCAUCGGCGAAGGGGUUGCAUGCGUAGAAAUCGUUGAUCCCUCAAAAUGACCAGCUCCUGUGUUUGGAUAUCCCACACUGUUCUCUCCAUGGUUUAGAGUAGCAGUAUCCAACGCAACAUUACCAUAACCUCCCACACCACCGUGAGACAUUACUGUAUUGUCAUAGUUUUGGCUACCCAUAUUUAACCCAUGACUGUCUCCUAUGAGCGGUCCUCCGGUAUUGCCAUGUUGUGUUCCAAAAUAUUUAUUUGGUCCAUACAUAUUGUUCCAUACUGCAUUAUUAGCAGUGUUCAGAUAACCAUUAAGAUGGUUACCAUUGUUAAGUGCCAGCUGUCCAGGUGCAGCAGCGUUAGGCAAUCCGUAGCCCGUUUGCUCAGCAAGUGGACCUGGUGCGACAAGAUUUGAUGUCAUUGGUCCUGGUAGUUUAUUUCCUUGGAUAUUAAAAGAAGGCACCGAAACAGUGUCAGCCACAGAUGGAUCGAUUCCAAAAUUGUGUGGUGCAGCUGGCACAUUUGGUACCACUUGGCUUGUAUGUGUUUCUUCUGGAAUAUCUAUAUCAAUGCUUGUGAACUUGCUGUGGUGUGUUCCUUUGAGGUGAUGAGGAUCAAACAUUAUAUGGCUUGCAUGGGCAUGGUGACCGAACUCGUUCAAUACUCCGUUUAUAUCGUUUACAUCGAUUUCAUCUAAGUUACUAUGGCCUCCACCAUGACUGGUAACUGCUGUAUGUCCUAAGCUGUUUACAUGAUGACCCUUUGUAUGAUGGUGUUGAUGUAUAACAACUGGAUGACUAUGAUGGUGGUGGUGAUCAUGAUGAUGAUGAUGAUGAAUAUGCUUUACAUGCUUAUGUAUUGGUAUAAGGAAAUGAUGGUGAUGAUGAAAAACGUUUGUUUUGGCGUAAAAUGGAUCAAGUACUUCUGGUUUGUUGUAUAUAGAAAGCGGUGAACUUGGUCCUGGGAUAAAAGGUUUCCCAACAUUGUCUUCUAGUGACUGAUGGUUACGAUCAAACCAGUUUGAACCGGUAUCAGGUAUGAAUCCUGUGGCUCCUGUGUUUGACUGUACAGUUCCUAGAAGGAAAUUGGUAAAAUUGAAGCAGGAAGUAAAAUGGUACGAUACUAUGAUAGUUGUAGCAUUCUUGUAUAUUUGUUUUGUCGUGAAGUUAGAUACACUAAUUUAAUGAUACAUUCAUGACUACGCAAAAUAAUAUUUUGUCGCAGAACUCAAUUACCUUAUCUGUAGAAACUUGAAAAUUUUCCUCAAAUAUACUUCAAAUUUGCUUCAACUGAAUCUGUGUAAUUUCAAGGUAGAAAGAUACUAGAAUGGAUUUUUAAUGUAGCAAACCUGUUAUUGGAUCUGGUGAAGGCAACGUCACGGGGGCUUGAGCAUCUAUAAAAAAUACUUUAUUAGGUCAAUGAAUGCAGAAAAUAUAGCUGAGAACAAUCUUAAUAGUGAAGAGCAGGUGAAAAUCUACGUAUUCAUUCCAAUGCUAAACUACGUUAUUUUAAGAAUAAAGUGAACCUGAGGCUUGACUUAUAAGAAAUGGGAGUACCAGAUUAGUUAUCGUUAGCACGUUAGUAUGGUGAAAUAAGUAAGGACAUCAUCAGUAGCAAUGGUGGGAGUGGCAAUAUCAGUGUAUGUGUGUUUCGGUUGUUAGGAUCAUUGACUAAUAGUAAUUCAAAACACCGAGGGUUGAUUUCCUGCUAUGACCAAACGUUACGUUAGAGUGAGGAGAGUCGCCAGCUUUCUGUAACCCCAGGCGUAGGUAUUACGGGGUGUGGUCACAUCAAAACGAAGAGCGAGGACAUUUGUCGAUAUGCCUAUUCUAAUAGUCGUUUGGAAUCUGACUGUAUGAAAUACUGUAGAAUAUUCAGCGGGGUACAAUAAUGGAAGAAAAUAAAGAGAGCAGUUGAUUUAGGCAAUUGUGAAUGCAGGCUAUCUAGCGCUUUUUCAAGGAUAGAAUACUGUCUGAUGCAGUGUAUACUACAUAUUGCAAAAAUCACAACAAAUCUAAAUAAACUUGCAAGAGAAUUUGACAUUAUUAAAAUAAACAAACGUUAGGAUAUGUUCACUCCUCCUGUCGCUAAGAUCAGCUAUGUGUACAGUAUACUAGCUGGAUUUUGUAACGAUUGCUAGAGCAAUUGACAAAACAAUCAAGCAAAUACUAAAAUGUGAUGCUUCUUCAAUUUCUAGCAAAAGUAGUAGUUGAAGAUGUCCUUGCGGAAGGUUAGACAUUUGAAGUCUGUUUUUCUUGAAUUUUAAGCGGUUUAUGGUCAAGUAAAAGAUCAUUGCAAUGUUUACAGAAUAUGUUUUACACAAUUGCGACUAUGUGUAGCCAAAAACUGUUGCUUAUGCUUGUAUUGCUUUUACAUUACGACUUGGAGGAGUGAAGAUAUGAUGCUGUGUUUGAUUUUAAAUGCAGGCUUACCUGUAAACAAUGCAAUCUCCAGUAAAGCGAAUACAUUGAUCCAAAAGAUUAGUAACAUUUUCAGAUCUAAGCUAUCCAUUUGUUGAGAAUCUUUGCUUUUUCAUAAUUUCUUAUUAGGAUGUUUUAUUUUUCUUUCCAGCCGUAGAAAAUAAUCAACUUUAUUGACCAUGUUACUAAAUUACCUUGCUCAUGAAAUCAUGAGCAAAGGCCGUUUGACCUCAACGGGUGACUACACAUCGCCGUUCAAGCACCAGCUCCGUUAUACUAAGUUCCCUCCGUUCAUUCAGUUUAUUUACUGGUAAUCAUUGGUCUUAAUGGAUUUAUAUUAUUCUUCGCUAUUUGCUUCAUUUAAACCGAAUUAGUUCCUAGGAAGAUGCAGGGACACCAACCUGUCUCGUUUGUCUGCCAUCAGACGGUGGUAGACGAAGAGGCAAGCAAAGACUAUUCCAAUCAAUGGUAUUAUGGUAUAAUUGCAAAUCGAACCUAUGCACAGAUGGAUGGUAGUAACACGUUGUAUCGAAACCAGCAUUAGUUGCACAUAACUAUAACAACAUUGGUUUAUAUACUGCUAGUUUUACAUUUAAAGACAAACUGUUAAGUAGGUUUGAUUAGUGUGGUACUAGAUCUAUUAAGAAACCUCACAUGCUGCUUCUCUGUUUGUAUUUACUACAAUCUACUUUAAAGACAGUCUCUCCCCUAUUGUGUUCGAUUUUAUUUUCACGGGAGUGAAAUUCACGCACCGUUGAGCUUUAUCGAUAAUUAAACUAGUUAAAUCAAUCAGAGAUACCAGAGCUUUUAAAGGAAAUGGCUGUGUUCCCGUUGAAGUGAAGCUGUGGCUAGAAAAAUGUCGUUCCAUUUUUGGUUUGUGCGACAGAUAUGUCAACAGCGAAAGGAAAUGCUUCCAUUAUCAUUCAAUUCAAAUGAUUAAAUCUUCUUGCCAUUUCCAAUUGCUUUCUACUCGCAGUUUGAAAUGUUUUCCACUACCUCAGCUAGGCAAGUAAAAGUGAGGAGCGUAAUCCGUUAAGGCGGGAAGACUAAUUAUUUAUAUUAGCCAAUCAUUGAGGGGACAGACUGCCUUUAAUGAAGUUCAGAAAAACGUAACAUAUGUAUGUCAAAUAAUGAAUACAGGCAUGAAAACGAAUCCAUUGUUAGUAUUAUUAAAAAAACAGACAAAUAAAAUAUUGUUUAAUCAGCCACCUCAUUGGUAAAUCCAAACAAAAGGGAAUCAGGGAAUGUAAAAAGCUGAUCGCUACAUUUAUGAAAAGAAAACCAUUAAAUUGAAACAUUUUUGUUACUAAGCAACUAAGCAUUAAAUGGCUCAUUUUCUAUACAGAUUAGAUCAAUUAAAGUUCUUCUACGACUGCCAAACAUCUUGUCAUUAUCUGUCUCAACAUUCUUGUUAUAAGUGGCAAAUGUUUCAUAAAUAAAGAGUAAACCUGUCUCAAGACCUGCGUUAUCAUACUAACCCGAAAAAAUAUUUAAAACGAACUGUACAAACAAUAGAACAAUAUUAUAUGAUAUCAAUUUGUUUUCAUGUAAAACUGCCAUCCCUAAAAGAUUAUCGUCUUUCAUCAUUUUAAUGAUCACAGUCUUAUGUAGUAAUAGAUGAAAACAUAAUUUACUGGAUAUAGAAUUAAUUGCCCGCAACUCGCGCGCGAUAGCGCGCGAGUGAAGGGCUUAUAGUCUGCCCCGCGUAUAAGUAGCAUAUGGAAGCUUCAGUUCAUGUUGUCAGCACUUUGUCAGCAGAUUUUGUCACUUUCUGCUGCCAUGACAACUGUCAAUCAAUUUCAUUGUCAAUCAAUCGGCUUUGUCGAGGAGGUCGUUAACCGCCACCUCUUUGUGCGGAGGGGAAUUAUCUUCGGAGCGUUGCUCUGCCAAGACUCUGUUAAAGGCCUUCGGUUUUUUGGCACGAAAACGGUGCUGCAUCACAGCUCGGUUCUCCGCAAUGGAUGGAAGUUUUGAUUCGAAGUUUUGGGAAUCAAAACCAGUCGAAUGCCACACCUUUCUCCCAAAAACUCGAGACCAUACGAGCAAAAGUUAUGAUAGGCGUGACUAUCGAAAAAUAAAUGUCAAACCCUUGAAAAACUUUCAUGAUUUUCAAAAGGGCGUUGGACUUAAAUCAAAGGCAAACUGAACGCUAAAAAUUCUUGAUAAAAAGAAUAGUUUAGCAUCAACUAGAGCAGCUGUUUUUAUAAAAUUGUGAAAACCCAAGAUGGUGUCUUCUUCGAAUAUCCUGACCUGAAUUUUCAAAACAAUCAUUAUCAAGGAACUAAUUGUUUGCGGGCAGUACUAGCAAGAGCUAUUUCUAGUUUAGCAUGUAAAUGAGAUUUUCUCAUUUAUUUCUUCUCAAUGCGUAGAAUGUUGUUAAGCCAUAAUACAUAAGCUUUUGCUCAGAAUUUCUUUACUAAGCUUGUUUACAAAUUCGUUGGUUGAUUCAAAUUAAUAAUGCGUGCCAGUUGGGUCACCGGGGUCAAAGGACAAAAGAAAUCAAUUUCCAUUGAUCAUAUAUAUUAUUUUUGUUGACUCCGCUUUGAACUAUUAACUCGAGAAGAAUAGGUGAAGAUGGCCUCCUGCAAAGGAUUAUUUGUUUAAAGUGUAUUCUGCUAAUGUCGACAAAAGACCCCAUGGCUUAGGAUGAAAUUACUUAAUUCGUUUAGCUUCAUCUAUUCUUGCUUGUUUACGUCUAUUGUUGAUUGGUAUUUCCAUCUGCUUACUGUUAAAUACAAAAAUGGAUUAAACUUCUUCAAUCUGUUCACAAAACAUUUCAACAAAAUAUUAGAUAAUCAAAAAUGAAUUCCAAUUUGUUUUGCGUUUCUAAAAUGUAAGAUAUUUUGAAUCAACAGAUGGAUUUUAAUAAUCCAAUUCUUAACAGCAUUCGCAAAAAUCUCCGGCUUAGCCAAGCUUUGCUAAGCUUUACCGUAGAGCUUGAAAUGCAAAAAAAUUAUUUUUGCUGGAUAUGAGUUUAUAGAAUGGUAUUAACUGCAGGCACUACAAUAGAUUGACGGGGGUACCAUUCAUAUAUCCUUUUGAUUUUACCAUUAAUAAUCAAAACUAUGACUAUGAUAUUUUUGUAAAAAUAACAGCAUUUAUCUUAAUGGUUGCAAAAUGAUAUGAGUGAAAUUUUCAAA